GUGAAGUGUGUGCUUUGGUGUAGGUGUAAAAUGUAACUGUAGUGAGCACAGUAAUUACAGUAGACAGUCUAGCAGUAAUUGAUUAAACACGUGAGCGCGAUAAUACGCGUUCAUAGAUAUUCAGCAUCCUCGAGGAUUGAAUGAAUGAGAACGCGCUGUGAUCUAUUUUUAUCCCGCGCGCUGGUGCAGGUGCACAGGUCAGAGCAGGCGGAAGUGACGAGUGCGCUCACGAGACUCGCAUUAAACCGUCGGAGGACAGUCGAGCGGAGCUCAGCCGGGUUAGACGGUGCGAAGAGAAGAGGAGACACUUUGCAAUCGGCGGUAGAAGCAUCUCGGGAAAUGAGCGUCAACUUCACUGGAGGUGUGUCAUAAAACCCGACAGAAUUCAUCUGUAAAGCCUGGCCGCUCAUUUCCCGUCGGGUGAGGAGGGGGUCUGCCCAUACACACGCACGGCACCAUGGGAAGCUCCCCGGAGGUGCUGUCCUGGACGUCCUGUCCCAGCCUGCUGGUGGGGAAGCUGAAGGAAGAGCUGAAGCUCACGGUCGUCGGCGACUCCAUGAAAAAAACCAACAGUAACAUUUCUCCUCAAACGCUGCUUCCUCCGGCGGCGCCUCUGCCGCAGAUCAUCGCAGACCUGGCUCCGCCCACCACCCUUCCCAUGCCGCUGCAGCAGCUUCAGCUUCCCUGCAGGGACGACGAGCCAGGCGGCACCAGCCCGCCGUGCACCGCCCUCAGCGAGGACUCGACGCGGGAGCAGGGACACUUCGAAAACAGCGUUCUGCAGCUGCAGGAACAUGAGGAGGCCGAGACGCCGGGAUCCUGCAGUCAGGGAGGCUGCAGAAGCGGCGGGGAGGAGAAAAACGAGGAGGGCGGGUGUCCGAUGGACCACAGCGGAGACGACACGCACCCCCAUCCGCAUGACAACAUCAAACUGCACUUUCAUAGAGCUGGGACGGGCAGCGGUGGAUUUCUGGAGGGGCUGUUCGGAUGUUUGAGACCUGUGUGGAAUAUUAUCGGGAAAACAUACUCAACCGAGUACAAACUUCAGCAGCAAGACAUGUGGGAGGUGCCGUUUGAGGAGAUCUCUGAGCUGCAGUGGCUGGGAAGCGGAGCUCAGGGUGCCGUGUUCCUCGGGAAGUUCCGCUCCGAAGAGGUCGCCAUCAAGAAAGUCCGAGAGCAGAAGGAGACGGAUAUCAAACACCUGCGCAAGCUGAAGCACCCCAACAUCAUCAGCUUCAAGGGUGUUUGCACGCAGGCCCCGUGUUACUGCAUCAUCAUGGAGUACUGUGCUCAAGGGCAGCUGUACGAGGUUCUCAGGGCCGGUCGUAAGAUCACACCGCGGCUGCUGGUGGACUGGGCCUCAGGGAUCGCCAGCGGCAUGAACUACCUGCAUCUCCACAAGAUCAUCCACAGAGACCUCAAGUCACCAAA